AUGUCGGCUAGCCCUUCGAUGGUCUCAUCGGGUGACGAGAAUCGUACGACGGUGAUCGAAAGGAAUGGCAAAGAGCAAACUGAAAAAGCGACUCUUUUACAUGAGGCUCUCUCACAGGCGAGUGCCGUGAGGGCCCAAAAGCGUAAGCAGAAAGCAAUGUUUUCGAAUGAAUCAAUCGAAUGCCAUCGAGAUGAACACUCCCAAAACGAAUGCUCGAGUUCAAAGGAACAUGAUCAAUCUGACGCCGAAAAUGCCGUCAGCUCAAAGAAUUUGGAUGUAAAAAAUGCUAAACGUGAAGAUGAUGUAUCAACGAUAAAGCAGCAUUUUCUAUUUCCAUUGUUAGAGCUCAUGUUAAAGAAAUGUGAAGCAGCUACGUGGAGUAUGUCAGCAGAUGCAUUUGCAAUGCACGACGUUAUACAGAUGAUCAACGAGAUAUCUGCAAGCCGUGAAUGCGCACUAUUCGAGAACAGUGAAAUCGAUAGCCUGUUGAUCAAUACGAUUCUUAUGCUGAGGAUUCAUCUCAUUGAAUUAUUAAAAGUGGCUGAUCUAUGCAACGAUUUUAAAUCAAAAUAUUCUCAAUCGCUGAAAAAGAAAAUGAGUCAAGAAUCGAUGAUCGGUCCUGGUGAUGACAGUGAUGAUGAGGUGUCAUCAACAUCAACCAAUCCUGAUUUACCACUUGAAUUAACUUCCAAAAUUCCCGCAUUACCUCAGAGGAGUAGUCGAACAAUCGCUAUGUUGACAACGGUCAACGGAAUGGUCUCUAUUCCGCUCAAUCUUUGGGAUGCCUCCUCUGUCCGUACUUCGAUAAGUGAUGCUUCAAAAAGAGAAGAAGGCAACAAAUCAAAUUGUGAAAGUGAAGCAAAUACUUCUCAGGUUUCAUUUUUGAAUUGUUCUUGUCGGAAAAAAGAUGAUGAAGUUAUGCGACGAAUUUCGGAGAAUAAUACAUCAAAGUUUCACUCGACAACAACUUUGUUCGAAGAAGAUGUCAUUGAUGCGAAACGAAAAUGUUUAUUGCCUUCCAAAGCCGUCGACAAGCUCAAAUCAUGGCUAUUUCUUAAUGCAUCCCACCCCUAUCCAUCUGAACAUCAGAAGGCAAUGCUUUCGAAAGAAACUGGUCUGCAAGUCGUUCAGAUUAACAAUUGGUUUAUAAACGCUCGAAGACGGAUAUUACCGCUGAAAUUGGAAUCAACUCCCAUCGAUAACAGUGACACAACGGGCAUUAUAAUGCGAUCUGUAAAUGAUUAUAACAAAACAUUGAAAAGACUUCGAAAAGAACCAAAAAGGUGUGUUUAA